AAUUUAUGAACUCUACCGGAAGUCAACAAAGAAUCAUGGCUUCCAAAAGUAAAGGAAAACAACGAGGAGAGGUCCUUAAACAAGAAGAUGUUAUUCAAGCCAUUGUCAUUGCGGAUAGUUUCAACAUUAGAUUUGCGCCAGUCACAAAGAAAAAACCAAAGUCUCUUUUUCCUGUGGCUAAUAUUCCACUUUUGGAUUACACACUCGACUUCUUGGUGACAGCUGGAGUGCAGGAAAUAUUUGUGUUCUGUUGUUACUUAGCUGAUCAAAUAAGGACACAUAUUAGGCAAUCAAAAUGGAGUGAAUGUUCUAGUUGUACAAUAACACCGGUCCUGUCGGAGAGUUGUGUGUCAAUGGGUGACGCCUUAAGAGAGAUCCAUGACAAGUCGGUCAUUAGAAGUGACUUCAUCCUGGUGUAUGGGGAUAUUGUUGCCAACAUUAGACUUCAAGAUAUUUUAAAUGAGCAUAAAAAACGAAGGGAAGACAAAACUUCUCCCAAGAACAGAAACUCGGUGAUGACCAUGAUUUUCCAGAAAGUUCCACCUGGGCAUCGUUCACGCAACAAAGAAGAUGAUAUUGUCAUGGCGAUAGAUCAGUCGUCUAACAGAGUCCUGCAUUACCAGAGAGUCACAGAACAGUCUAAACUGCAGAUACCAGUGGAAGUCCUGACAGAAAAUGAUAAUGUACAGUUAAGAUAUGACCUGCUGGACAGCCAGAUCAGUGUCUGCUCACCAGAAGUUCUCUACCUUUACAAGGAUAACUUUGAUUACCUCAACAGGGAUGACUUUGUCAAGGGGAUACUUAUCAAUGAAGAUAUAAUGGAGAAGACCAUGCAUGUGUGUGUAAUCAGUGAUGGCUACAUGGGUAGGAUUUCUAAUCUACAGAUGUAUGAUGCUGUCAGUCAUGACGUGUUGUGUCGUUGGUCCUAUCCUUUGGUCCCAGAUACUCAGACAGAUGAGCAUGGUCAGAUCAUCACCCACAGUCGACAUAACAUCUACACAAGUGAAGAUGUCACACUAGCAAAAGGUUGUGUAUUAGAGAAGAAUGUUUUGGUGGGAAGGGGUACUAGAAUUGGCAGUGAUACCAAAAUAACUGACUCUGUGAUAGGCAAAGACUGCAAAAUAGGGAGUAAAGUGGUCAUUGAGAAUGCAUACAUCUGGGAUAAUGUAACAAUAGAAGAUAACUGCUAUGUUAGCACUUCAGUGGUCUGUGAUAAUGUGGUCAUCUAUGCGUCCACGUCAGUCCAGCCUGGCUGUGUUCUGUCCUGGGAUGUUGAGGUUGGACCCAGUGUGAAAAUUGAGGCUGGAUCACGUUUACAGUCAUCAAAAGUUGAUGAUGAUGAUGAUUUCGGUGAUGAGUUAACUGAGGCAGAUCAAGAUACUGUGAGCAUUCAGAAGUAUGGUAGCAAGUCUCAGGCAUUCCACUACCAGCCCCCAGAAGACAGUGAUGAUGAGGAUAAUGAUCUUGUACAGGACAUGUGGGGCCUUAAUAUCCAAUCAGAAUCCUCCACUGAGACAUCUAGUCUGUCGGAGCAGUCAAGCGUGGACGAGGUCAUGCUAGAUGAUGAAGAGUUGUUCUACAGUGAGUUACUGGAUACAAUGGUGAAAGCUAAAGAAGAUAACUACACAACAGAAAACCUCAUUCUGGAGAUCAACUCUCUCAAACACACAUACAAUAUAGCCAUCACAGAUCUAUAUGGCCUUGUCAUGAAAGGUUUAAUCGAGAUUCCUUUGAGAGACUCACAAGAUCUGGAGUCUGGUGCACAGCUAGGCAGCAUUAAGAAGAACUUAGUGAAGUAUAAACCAUUAAUUGACAACUACAUCAAAAGUGAAGAAUCUCAGUUAGAUUGUCUCCAUGCCUUAGAGGAUUAUGCCUUGAGUGACAGUAAGGUGAACACACUCCUAGUCAAGCUCCUUCACAUUAUGUAUGACCUGGAGAUUUUAUCAGAAAACAUCCUGAUUAAGUGGCACAGGAUGGAUAAGGAGGAAGAAUACAAAGCCAUCAAAGUACAGGUGUCGCCUUUGAUAAAAUGGCUGGAGGAAGCUGAAGAGGAAUCAUCGGAUGAAGAAGACGACAGUGACUGAUUCUUCAUCAAAAAUACUCUCAGAAUUACCCAUUAAAUGAAGAGUGCUAAAUAAAAAGGGACGUCAUGAUGUUGUGGAAUUCAUUAAACAUGUGGUUUUCCAGCUUUCAUAGUAUUGCAGGAAAAAAUGUCA